AUGUUUAACUUCAAAGAAGACAAAGUUAUACUUAAAUGCCUGUUUGAUGAUUUGGAGGACUUGUGUGAACUCCAAGAAGAAGUUACUGGGAGUGACGAUGGAAAUACCAACGAUGUUGUCGCCUGUACUACAAAAAUAAACAAGACCCGGCGGGAGCUCACUGCAAUGUUGAAUCAAAUCAAGCAAGACUCAGAAAAGGACAGGAAGUCACUGUUUGAUGAGCUGCAACGAGUGAAACAAGACUUAGAUAAUUCAGAGACGAAAAGGACAAGUCUCGAACAAGAACUAAUGAAAGCAAAACAGGGCAUAAAGGAAGCUAGAAAGAUUGGGAUGGGGCUCGAACAAAAGUUACUGAAAGCAAAACAGUUCAAAGAGAAAUCCAAAAAGGGAGGGGCAGAAUUCAAAGACAACAUCAACUGGACUCAACCAACUAGAACAGUUAAUGUUACGGUCAACUUAAGUAUAAUCGAAUUGGCUUUCACAUUCCCGGACGGCCUUCAGACGCAGACGCACCAUCCGACCCCGGGAAACUCAAGUGAAGUAUGCACGUUUACAGGACGUCUGUGUUACAACAAUAAGGGCGAGCUGCUAUGUAGGAUGUUAAAGGAGGCGUUCAGUAGAGGGUUGAUAUUCACCUUGGGGAAUGAAGGAAAAGUUGUUCUAGAUGGCGUCUCAUUGUUUUAUGGUCAAGUGUAUGUUUACCGGAUGGAACAAUCACCGGCUUACGUUGAAUACACACAGACAUUGGAGCGGAAAUGGCUGCCAAAGGCAUCACACAGGAAAACAUUAAUCUGA